AAGCAGCAGCUGUCCAGCCAGGGGCUGGAGGCUCAGCCCUGGACCGAAGCUCUCCUACGUCCUGCCCACAGCACAGCUGCACGGGGAGUGUGCUCCAUCCCUUCCCAGCUCCGGGCUCUCCAGCUGCCAGGCCCAGCAGUUACAGCGUGGGCACCAUGUCGGAGCGCUUUGACUGCCACUACUGCCGCGACUCGCUGCAAGGCAAGAAGUACGUGCAGAAGGAGGGCCGCCACUGCUGCGUCAAGUGCUUCGAGAAGAUCUGUGCCAACACCUGCAUCGAGUGCAAGAAACCCAUCGGUGCUGACUCCAAGGAGCUGCAUUUCAAGAACCGUUACUGGCAUGACAGCUGCUUCCGCUGCUUCAAGUGCUACACGUCCUUGGUCAAUGAGCCCUUCAUGCUGAGGGAGAACAACAAGGUCUGGUGUAGCAACUGCACUGCCACUGAGGAUGCACCCAGGUGUAAGGGCUGCUUCAAGCCUAUCAUCGCAGGAGACCAAAAUGUUGAAUACAAGAAGAUGGUCUGGCAUAAGGACUGUUUCACUUGCAGCCAGUGCAAGCAAGUGAUUGGAGCUGGGAGCUUCUUCCCGAAGGGUGACGAAUUCUACUGUGUCUCCUGCCACGAGCACAAGUUUGCCAAGACCUGUGCUAAAUGCAAGAAUCCCAUCACUUCUGGAGGUCUCACUUACCAGGAACAGCCUUGGCAUUCUGAGUGUUUCAUUUGCUCCAACUGCAAGAAGCAAUUGGGUGGGAAGCGCUUUACAGCUGUAGAGGAUCAGUUUUACUGUGUUGAGUGCUACAAGGAAUGUGUUGCCAAGAAGUGUGCUGGCUGCAAGAAUCCUAUUACAGCAGGAUUUGGAAGAGGAACCAGUGUGGUUAACUACGAAGAUGAAUCCUGGCAUGAUUACUGUUUCAAAUGCACAAAGUGUGCCCGUGGUCUGGCCAACAAGCGCUUUGUUUGCCAUAAUGGAAAAAUUUACUGUGCUGAGUGUCCCAAACGACUGUAAGGAACAGACAGCAACUGGUUUAAAAAGGAUUUUAAAGCCUCGCUUUUCAGAAUAGUCCUGGUAAAGGUGCAGGUUUUGCAUGUUGAGAGUUUAACCUUUUUCAGUUUUAGCAUAAAACCAACUAAAAUAGCGUGAAUAUACUGGGUUUGGGCUUUGAAGCUCCUGCAGCAAGAAAGCAUGUACUGCUGCAAAAAGCUAACUUUGCCUUCAAGUAACUAUUAGUUUAAAGGCUUGAAAGAACGUUUGGAUUUUAGCAUUAGAAAAUCCAAAUACUACCAUAAUCUGUGUGUGGUUUAAACUAAAAACAAAACUAGUUGUAAUCUUGUCUAGUAUAGGUUUAAGCUCGGUGCUUACACUAAGUGGUUUUGACAAAGCAUGCAGCUCAGGAAGGGAGAUGCAGACAUUGUACCCCAGAUUAGAGAGACCCAUUAUCAUCCUUUUGCAGUACAGGUACAUUACAAAUAUCACACUGUGAGCAGCAGCUCAAUAACAAGUACCUUUGCUUAUUUACCAUGCCAAGAUGCAACAAACUAUAUAGAGUGGCUUUAUCUUACAUACAUAUAACAGCAUUUUGGUAGUACAAUUUAGCAUUAGUUAAGUUUCCAGGAACUUGUUUUGGUUUUGAUUUCUGCAUGGUUUGCCCUAAAGUUUUGCUUACCAGCUUUUUUUACAUUAUGUUUCAAUAAGGUUGUAUACACCCAAUUAUUAAUCUGCUAAUAAGCAACUCCUUCAACUACUGCAGAACACACGUGCAUUUAGAAGUGCCUUCACAGUAGCUCAGAUGACCACAGCUCUCCUAUCAUGUCAGUGUACGUUUUAUGAUUUAAUAAAAAUGAGACCAGUGCCUGCCUGGACUCCUACAGUCUGGAAAA